ACUUCCACAUGGUCGGCCAUUCCCUGGGUUCUCACAUUAUGGGCUACGCCGGCAAAGAGAUCCAGAGGCUGCGAAACUCCAAACUGGGAAGGAUUUCAGGUCUUGACCCAGCGGGUCCGUUUUUCGAGAGCUACUCCUCAGUUGUGCGAGUGGACAAGUCAGACGCUACUUUUGUGGACAUCAUGCACACAGACGCUGAGGCUCUGUUGGAUGCUGGAUUUGGCACCCGCUACUCAAUCGGCCACGUCGACUUCUACCCGAACGGAGGAGAACACCAGCCGGGAUGUCCCGAGGAGACCUACGGAAUUCUCUCCAUGAUCAGCUUCGAAGAUGAGAAGGAGGGCGGGGCAUGCAGUCACGGCCGAGCUGUGGAUCUGUUCAUCCACUCUAUAAAUAACUGCCAAUACGUCCCUCCUACAGGUGGCCUUAUGUGCGCCAUGGGUUUCAUCACUAGCCCCAACUGCAGGGGAGAUCACCAGCCGGACACCAAAGGGAAUGCUCCUUUCUGUUGAUUUUCAGAAUGGAGUUGCGUUGCUUCACUGACUAAGUGCUCGCAAUUCGAUUUAACUGAUAGCGACUUAACAAAUAAUUCGAGUACGAGUAUUUUUAAACAGAGAAACGUCAUUCAGAAUAAAAGCUGCGUUUUUUUACCCUCUACAAAA